UUCAUUAAAAAAAACUACGAUGAAGUUUGUGUGCGCGUGUUAUUUUACGAGUUUGCUGUCGGCGUAAUAACGGUUUAAAACGUAGACACAGGAUUUAUAAUGUAUAUUUGUGGAAUGUUAAGUAAAUAUCAAUAAACGUUUAAAACGUCUGAUGUGUAAAUCAUCCAAAAUGGUUUCGGGCAGUACGCGUGUGAUACAAGUCUCCAACAUCGCGCCUCAAGCGACUAAGGAUCAAAUGCAGACCUUAUUCGGUUACUUGGGUAAAAUAGAUGAUAUUAGACUGUAUCCGACUAUCCGAGAUGUCUCCUGCCCGGUUCAGUCUCGAAUUUGUUACGUGAAGUAUUAUGAUUCGGCUACUGUCAAUGUAGCCCAACAUAUGACGAACACGGUGUUCAUCGACCGCGCACUGAUAGUGAUUCCCAUGCAAUCAGGUGAGAUUCCUGACGAACAUAGGGCCCUAGAGAUGUCAAGCAAUGGUACCCUAGUGCCAGGCCUUAGUACGGUCGAGCCGCGACUCCCCGCUCAUGUCAUAAACACAUUGGAAGGUGUCCCGCCAAGUCAAGUGAUACAAACUCAUGACCCUAAAAUGGUAUCAUUAGGAUUACCACCAUAUCCACCACUUCCUGCAUCAUAUGACUCAAGAAAGAUUGAAGAAAUCCGAAGGACUGUUUUGGUUGGUGAUAUAGGGGCCUUGACUUACCAACAGUUAUCAGAUCACUUUGAAAUGGCAGGAGAUGUAAAGUACCUGCGAUUCUGCGAGCGUGAUGCAGACAAACAGAAGUAUGUCCUAAUAGAAAUGUCAGAACAAGAAAGUGUAUUAAAAGCUUUGCAACUCAAUGGUUCUACUAUUGAAGGUCAAAUUAUACGGGUGCUCCAUGCAACCCAAUCCAUAUCCAAGCCUCAGACGAAGAGCAACGAGGCUGCCCAACGUGAGAUCGAAGAAGCCAUGUGCAGGGUCAAGGAAGCCCAGAACCUAAUCUCUGCAGCCAUCGAUCCAGUCAUUGGGCUUCUUUCUAAAGACAAACGGAGAACUCGAUCCCGGUCGCGGUCCCGGCGACGCUCCCGGUCGCGCUCGCGACGCUCGCGCUCGCGCCACCGCGGCGGCGGCAAGCGCUCCCGCGAGCGCUCGCGCUCCCGGCACCGCGCUCGCCCCGAGCGCUCCAGGCAUCGCCACCGCUCCAGGUCCCGCUCCCACCACCGCGGGCGGCGCUCUCGCUCACGCUCGCGCCACCGCAGCUCGCGCUCCAAGCGCGACCGCUCCCGCGACAGAAAAGAUAAGAAGGAUUCCAGCGAGAAGGAGAGAAAGGACAAAUCCAAAUCCCCUGCGCCUCCUCCCAAAGACGUCGAAGAAAAAGAAGAAAUUAAGGAGGAAGUCGAAACGAACGGGAACGGCGCCGAAGUCAAAUCGAAGGCGUCCACUCCCGCCGACGAUAAACCGGAACCGGACAAGGAGCGCAGCCCGUCGAAGAGGGAUCGCUCCCGGUCUAAGGACAGGAAGCGCGACCGCUCCCGCUCGCGCCGCCGCUCCGGGUCGCGCUCGCGCAGGAAGCGGUCGCGGUCGAGGCGCCGUUCUCGCUCCAGAAAGCGAUCGCGCUCUAGGGAAAAAAAGCGGUCUAGGUCGCGGAAGCGCUCGCGUUCGCGCGACAGGAAGAGAUCUAGAUCUAGGGAUCGCAAACGUACUCGCUCCCGCGACAGGAAGCGGUCUCGGUCCCGCGACCGCAAGCGCUCGAGGUCCGGCAGCCGCCGCAGCCGCUCGCACCGCGACUCCAAGACGCCCCACGACAGGAAGUCCCGCGAGCGCAGUCCCAACCUUAGCACUAUAGAAGAGAAGGAUGUUUCAAUUGUCGAGAAGGCCCCGGACAUUGCGGAGGACAAGCACUCCCCUGACAACAUGGACAUUUCGAAUUCUCCAUAAGUUACACGAUUUGCUUUUAAAUCGCAACGGCCUCGGUAGAUUUGGUUCUUCAAGUGAGGUUUUAAGUUUAUAUGAAUUGUGACUGGACAUUUUUUUCUUCUGUCUUAUAAGCGUAAAUAAAUAAAUAGC